AUGGCGUAUUCAGGAACAACCAUCGCUCCCGAGAUUUGGGACAAUAUCUGUGCCUAUCUCACCCCGCCAAGUCUCGCAAAUCUACGCCUCGCUUCACCAGAAUUCAACAACAUCGCUUUGCCAUGGAAGUACAGAAGUAUACGCCUGGAAGCGUUUGGUCCAUCGGUUGAGCGCUUCAUCAGCAUCGCCAAAACCCCCAACCUUCGGAACCUUGUCCGAGAAAUCACCAUCGAUACCCGUGUCGAUCUCGAAUGGGAUUACGCCAGGAACGACAACUACCCCUUUCCCCUGGCUUUCAUGAACGCCCUGCCCUACGUGCGAUACUUCACCAGCGUCACGGCUCUACAUAUCCGCUUCGAGCAAUACUGCGGCAAUCAAGACGAAUACGAUUACCUGCAUCUUGCUGAGACCUAUCGCUUUCGCUACAAAGUUCUCGACACUAUUUUUCACUGUGCUGCAGGCUUGUGGACGCUUGAGAAGCAGUUGAAGAUAGAUGAGGAACUCGACCAAGAGAGAGGUGCGUAUGACGGCGAACUCUACCCAGAUGAAGAUCCGGACGAUUGGAAUAAGAAGUGCGAUUACAGUGAUCAAGAUGUCGACUUUCGCGGCUCUUGUUUCGCACUACGGGAAUUGACUAUUUCUAACCUGGCCGACUACGCUGAUCCUCAUAUCUCGGAUUCCAAGGCCUGGCAAACAAUCAUGGCUCUCCCAACCCUCGUCGACUUCAAGCUUUUCGUUGUAGCUCAAGUCGAUCAAGAUUCACCAUGGAACGAGCUUUUCUUUAUCGAAUUAUACGACUUCUUUGACAGUCUGCCCACAACAUGGCUGUCCCUGAACAUGUCCCAGAACUUGAGGGUCUUGUCGCUCUAUUUUGAAGAUUAUUGGGGUUGGCUUCCAACCAUGCAUUUUCGCGAUUAUGGCCACGACUCUCCGUUCCCACAACUCAAGGUCCUCGCACUCGGCAACUACGUCUUCAGCCACGAAUGGCAGGUUGACUGGUUCCCCAUGAUAGGCAAGGAAAACGGCAGCGGUGGAUUGGAAGAGCUAUACCUCGACGACUGUCCCAUUCUGUACCAUGCGCGUCAGACUGCUAUCCGUGACGACGGGUAUCCAGAUCCCUUUGCAAUCAUAAGGGCAGGGCUGGAGUCGUGCUCACAUGAGGACUACAACUUCUACAUUCGAUGGCACUCCGUUCUUUCUCAAUGGAAGGAUCAGAUGAAAGGACUCAAAGUCUUCCGAAUGGGUCGGGGGUCAUGGUGGGACAUGGCUCCGAGAACAUUCGAACUUAUUUCUGAUGAUCCAGAGUAUGAGGAUCUCGACCGCAACGUGUUGGACCAUCGCCUAUCAUACAAUACGCACAGAACCUUUGCUUGUCCAGCCCCGUCAAACCAAAGAAGCCGGCGAGAAAUGUGGCGCCACGGUGUGGGCCUCGGCGAUGACAGAGACACCAGGAUGAUGUACAUUGAGUACGAUAUUGGAUGUGGACCUCCAUCGUGGCUUGAGGAGGAUAGUGGGUUCGAGCCGGAAGAGGGUACUACAGACAAGGAUGAUAUUGCAUAG